AUGAACUAUGCCGUCUCUAGGCGAGCACCGCUUUGUAAGAACAUUCCAGGCGAUGCGGGAUGGCCAGGUACACAGGCCUGGACUCAGUUGAACCGCACAGUGGGCGGUCGACUUAUAGCCACGGUUCCCUUGGCCGAAGUUUGUCAUGCGCCAACCUAUUCGGAGGCUGCGUGUGAUGACCUGCGGAAACAAUGGGGUUUAGCGGCUCUCGAUGCGAAAUAUCCGACAGAGUUCAUGUCGACCUGGUUUCAGAACAACACUUGUACUCCUCUCACAGACCCGUCGACGCCUUGUGUGCCUGGUGACCGCGCCGCUUACUCUAUCGAUGUGCGUUCUGCUAGCGACGCACUAGCUGGCUUGCAAUUUGCAAGUAAACACAACAUCCGACUAGUCAUCAAGAACUCGGGACAUGACGUCCACGGCAGAUCCACUGGCAAGGGUUCUCUAUUGCUGUGGGUUCAUAAUCUCAAGUCCAAGAAGUUCAUACCCUCAUACAAGUCUUCCUUCUACAAGGGGCCAGCUGUUCAGAUCGGAUCUGGAGUGUCUGGUUCAGAAGCUGCCUCGUUUACAUCAUCCUAUGGAUACCGCAUCGUGGCUGGUUCAUGCGGAACUGUCAAGCCUGCCGGCGGCUACACACAGGGUGGUGGCCACUCUUUGCUCUCGGGGAUCUAUGGGUUUGGUGCCGACAACGUGCUCGAAUGGGAAGUGGUAACUGCUAAUGGCCGCCAUCUGACCGCCACGCCUGUUCAAAACCCGGAUCUGUACUGGGCUCUCAGUGGUGGAGGUGGCGGAACCUUUGCCGUCGUCUUGUCCAUGACAGUUCGGGCAUUUCCUGACGCAGACGCGUCGAUUGCAAGCUUGAUUUUUAACGUCUCCAAAGCUGGUGGCGUCGACAAAUACUGGGAGGCUGUCCAGGUGUUCCAGGAGCAGCUCCAGCCACUGCUUGACGAUGGCGUAGUCGCCGAAUAUCUCAUCACCAACGACACAUUGACCAUGGGUCUUUUGAUUGCACCGGGCGUCAAAAACGAUUCGCUGGCCUCGUCCAUGCAACCUCUUGUUGAUGCCCUUACCAAAGUCUCGCCAACGCUGAAUAAAGACUCCAUGAGCUUUAGCGUAUCUUAUUGGAACCGCUACAUCGAGCUGUAUGAGACCGUUGUAGCGCCAGCGCUGGCUGCUGCAGUGUUUCCAUAUGCUUUCGCCGGUCGCUUUCUUCCACGCAAGAUUCUUCAGACCAAGUCGACGGAAUGGCAUCGAGCUCUCCGCGCUGCCUUGUCUGAUGGUCGUUAUUAUGGCAGCUUCGUGUCCUUGAACGUCCAGAACAAGAAUCGAAGCCGCCUGGCGCCUCCAGUUGCAGCCAAUGCUGUGCAACCAAACUUCCAUACGGCGUUUAGUUCCAUUGUCAUCAACCCUACCGGGACCGAAAACCUAGACUGGCCCAGCGCGGAGGCGUUGCAGAACGAGAUACAAAACAAGAUCAUGCCCAUCCUGGAGAAAGUAGCGCCAGACGCUGGAGCCUAUAAAAACGAGGCGAACUGGGCGCAAAAGAACUUUCAACAGGCAUUUUAUGACGGAACGUAUCCGAAGCUGAGUAAAAUCAAGAAGAAGUGGGAUCCUGAGGGCAUCUUUUAUGGGAUAACGAAUGUUGGGAGUGAGAAAUGGGCGACUGACGCUGCCGGAAGGCUUUGUCCUAUUUGA